CUUUACCACAUGACUUUUUCAUCUCAGGCUUGACCCAAUCAUACAACCCCCCACGUUCCAAAAAUGCACCCUCAUCCCAAAAGACACUUUCCAACGCCUUCUUCACUCCAACCUCCAAUAUCGGUCUCGAAGGCUGCUUCCCCGUCCUGUCCAAAAACCUGAGAUACUCAUCAAGAAUAAGAUACGACUUCGCCAUCAAACUAUUCGGCUCCGGCACCAACGACGGCUGACCCCUGUGUCUCUCACAAAACCCCUCAAACUCCCCAUCCGAAAUAGUAAACUUGUGCCCAUUCCUCAGCGUCUCCUCCGUGUCAUUCUCCCCCGCCACAAUCAACACCUGAAAGCACUUCCACCGAAAAGGCUUCAGCUCGCCAAUCCGCUCAUUCAUAUCCUCCAUGUAAUUCAACCGGUUAACAACGGUAUUAAUCUUGAACAAAACCCCAUACUUCUCACACCACCUGGCAAUCUCACACAGCUUCUUCACCUGGGUUCCUGUCCCACGCCCAAUCUGGAUAUUGGUCGCCUCGUCAAACGAGUCGCAACUGACAGCGAGGAUGUCAAGGUUUUUGCCGUGCUUGCGGAGGAAGUCCUCCCUGAUUAGGCUACCAUUGGUGACGAUGGAGACUGACUCGAGUUUGAGGUCUUGUUUGCAAAAGUCGAUCAUUUCGCCGAGGAACUUGGGGUAGAGGAAGGGCUCGCCGCCGGCAAAGUUGAGCUUUCUCAUGCCGGCGUUGGCGAGGAGACGGAGACCUUCUUUGGCGCGGUUGGGGUCUUCGAUGUAGCUUGUGCUUGCGGUGUGGAAGCAGAAGCCGCAGGUGUAGUUGCAGCGGCGGGUGAAGUGGUAGUUGACCGAGACGGGGAUUUGGCCGCGGUUACGACGGGUGUGGAGAUGGUGCAGAGAUAUGAAGAUGAUGGUGAAGAGGGCUAGUAGCCACAUUAUGGUUCCCAUAUUGGGUGUGUUGUUGGGUCAAAGGCUUGUGUUGUUAUGAUUUCGCUUUGGGGACAGAAGAAUGAAGAGUGAGGGAUGAGAUGCCAAAUGAAUGACUUAAGAGGGCAUACAGUAGGCCUCACACGUGCCCCCAAUUCUUCAGUGACGAGAAAAGGUGUGGGCUAUGAGGGGCUCAUAGAAAGCUGAGGCGAACACUGUAGGCCUCGCCCAGUCAUCAAGCGGGGAGUCUACAACCUCUUUGACUCAUGCGGAUCCUUGCAUGUGGCUUGCAAAGUUCUGCUUAAGAAGCAAACAAUUCAUCGAGGACUCAGCAGUCACCCUGUUAUUAGGUGGACAGAUUCUAAGCUCAUCUUUUGGUCUCUUUCUCUUGCCUUUGAGACACUACCAUAGGAGAAUGAAACAUCAACAACUCAGCAAUGGUGCCAGAAGCCCGUAGAACUCGCGACCUGAUCUUUGUCAUCGGUAAAGCCAUCAUAGUAUCACUACCCCAACAUUUCAUUCUUGGCUGACCGCUUCUCAGGUGCUCCCGGAGCGGGAAAGGGUACCCUCUGCAAAAUGCUGGCGGAAGCUAACAACGUCGACCACCUCUCCCUCGGAGACCUUUUACGGCAAACCGUGUCAUCACCCAACGCAGACCAAUUAAUCGCCGGGUGCAUCCACCGUGGAGAGCUCCUACCAACACAUAUACUCCACGAACUUUUGUAUCACCGCGUGGCCCAACCUGUAUCCUCUACCGCUGCUCGACCCCUCCUGCUGGAUGGUUUUCCCCGGCGGUUGGACCAGGCUAGAGAAUUUGAAGCAGUGGCAAGUACCCGAACUGGCGCACUUUACUCAUUAUUUCGGGAGCUGGCGGCUGAGUCUGUUAACUGACACCUCGCAGUUUGGACCCCCAAAGCUCAUUCUAUUCUUUGACUGUCCCGAAGAUCUCGCGAGAGAAAGGGUUGUCACGAGAAAAUUAGGUCGAAUUGGCGACACAGUUGAGAUGUUCGACAAGCGGUAUUCCGAGUUUCGCGAGUCAAACCCGCCAAUCGUGAGCCAUUACGCGAGACCCGAGGGCAGGCUAAUCACAAUCGACACCAGUGGCGCAACAGAAGAAUCAUAUCAGAAGCUGCAGGCUGCUCUGGGUAGCAGUGAGGAAUGGGCAGCUCUGACUUCCGAAGCCCCGAAGUUCCCCGUCGAAUGGUUACGAGAAAUGACAGACGAUCAGGCCCACAGUUAG